AUGUUGUCAUUAUCUAGCUCUUCUUCUAGUGGUGGUGGUGCUGUGCAAAAGACAGCCAUUGACGAGGAGGCCUACAUUGAAUGUACAGAAAAAACCUUGUCGAUGAUUUCAUCCUUGUAUUUGGAUGAAGAGGCUUCUGAUUGCGUAUUGAUCAGUAAGAAUGGAAAGAGAUUUCCUGCUCUUAGAGCAUUGGUAGGAAAAUGGAGUACAAAACUCAAGGAACUUCUUUUUGUUCCAGAAUUCGAGAUUGGCAAGGAGCUUGUGUUGCCACAGGUGACUGAUCUUGGAUUGGAAAUUUUCUUAAAGGUUGUGUAUUUUGGUUGCACAAAAGAUUAUACAAUGGAUAAAUUUAUUGAUUUGUAUACUUUUGCUCAUACCUAUGGAAUGCAAGAAAUUGAGGAGAUGACUCUUGAAAUUAUGAGAAAUGCUGCUGUUGAUGCUGAUUCUUCAUUCCUUCUUUUGGAAAAUUGCUCACAAUACCUAGAAGAAUUUAAAGAAAUCAACUCUUUAAAGAAGACUCUUCUUACUAAGAUUUCUGCUGAUUUUGAUACUGUUUGUGAAAGUCAACAUUUUGUUAAAUUACCAAUUGAAGACUUGAAGAUCAUGCUUGCUGGAAAGGAACUCAUUUGCAGUGAAGGAAAUUUAUUCAAGUCCUUGAUGAGAUGGAUUGAGCACGAUAAGGAAAAUAGAUUGCAAUAUUUGGACUAUUUCUUGGGUGAAAUCAGAUUCCCAAUUGUUGAAGGAGAGGUCUUGGCGACAGUUGAUUCCCAUCCACUUUUGGUUUCCAAGAGAGAUGUCAUUUUCCCAAAGCUUUAUGAAGCCAUGAGAUUCAAUUUGAAUCCUGCAAUGAUUGAGAAUAAGGAAGAUAAGAAUUUUCGUGAAAGAGAUUGUGUAUUAUAUGACUUUCUUCCAAAAGGAAUGUCAAUCAAGUUUACAAACUUGGGUGCUACAGGCAAAAACGGACCAACAGUUAUUGGCUCACAAUAUGAUAGUUGUAAAUUCUUAAAGAAUAAGGUUAAAUUGGAGAAUGGUAUUCAAAAAUGGGUUGUUCCAGCAACUGGAUUUUACAAAAUUACUGCAGCUGGUGCAAGAGGUGGUAAAAAUACAUAUACUACAACUUUCAGAGAAGGAUAUGGAGCUAUUGUCAGUGGUGUCUUUCACUUGAAGAGAGGCAGAGAAUUGAGCAUUCUUGUAGGUCAAGUUGGUGGCGACUGUACAAAUGGUAGUUCAUGUGGCGCUGGAGGUGGUGGUGGUGGUACUUUUGUUGUUGAUAGUGAUACUAUGAAGCCUCUUAUUAUUGGAGGUGGAGGUAACGGUGCCAACUGGUAUAGUUGGACUGUUCAAUCACCAGGAGGACAAGUGUAUACGAAAGGACCAGCCGAAGCAAGAAGUCAAAAGGCAGCUAAAGGUGACAGAGGCGGUGGCGGUGGUGGUUUGUUUAUUGAUGGAGGUGCUGGCGAUCAAUGUGUUGGUGGAAAGAGUUUCAAGAAUGGUGGUGAAGGUGGAACUUUCAGUAAUGCUUGUGGAGCUAAUGGUGGUUUUGGUGGUGGAGGUGGUAGCUUGUAUGAAGGUGGUGGAGGAGGUGGUUUUGGUGGUGGUGAAUGUACACCUCAAAAUAACUAUGGAGUUCACUAUGUUACUCAUGCAGCUUAUUCUUACAAUGAAGGAGUUAAACAAGAAGGUACUCCUGAUUCUAAUAAUGGAGAUGGUUAUGUUGAACUUGUUAGAGUCAUUAUUUCUCAAUCAGAAUAUGAAAAGGAAAAGAAAACUAUGGACAGUACAGUUGUAGAGGAACCACUUUCUCCUUCAACCCCAGCUUUGAUAGGAAGUUCUGGAUUAUUUGAUUAA